AAUUUUUGUUUUUCUUAUCCACAAAUCAAUCUUUCGUUUCCUUCGUCGCAGACGGUCAUGGCGUCCACCCUCUCUCUCUCGAGCUUCAUCUCCUUUAUUUCCCCAUACAAAUUGCAGACGAAAGCUCCUCUGCCGUCGAAUCUCCCUCUUCCUUUUCCUGCGGUCUCUCAUAGACGGAGAAAUUAUCUCACUGUCGCAUCAAUGGCGGCCGAGGAGCCUGCCUCCACCUAUUCUUCCGGUUCGAUGUCAUCUGAGCUUGCUUCGGUGAUAUACCCGUCUCUGGCGUACGCGAACACGCUUUUCUUCAGCUCGGGCUACAACGUGCAGGUUCUUGUCGAUGAGAACGAGCCGGAGGAGAGGCUGCUGAAUCGGUUCAGGAGGGAGGUGAUGAGAGCUGGAGUUAUUCAGGAAUGCAAACGUAGGAGAUUCUUCGAGAACAAGCAAGACGAGAAGAAGCGGAGGACACGCGACGCUGCCAAGCGUAAUCGGAAAAGGCGUCCUCAGUCGAGAUUUUCUCAGCAGAACAAGGAAGAAGCUCCCAAGAGUAAGACAGAAGACGAGGAUAACUGGGACAUGCCCGAUGGAGAUACACCUUACUAAACAGGAUUUUCUCGGUAUUCUAAAUCUUGACCCUUUCGAGUUUUGAUAUUUUCCAAUGUAAGUGGCGUUGCAUGAUUCAGAUUUCGAUUAUCUCCUCUCUCCUCGUACCUUGUAAUGUCUUUUUGUGGACAACUUGCUUUGGGCAAUAAAGUUUUUCUUUCGCGCUA